CCUUCCAACUUCCCUACCGUGACCAUCCUUCUCGUCGUCGUCGUCGUCGAUUCCGUGUGGUGAAGUACCAAGUGCCCCGAUUAGUGCAAAGUGGCUCAAGAGUGAAAAAUAGUGCAUACCGUUUUUUUGUGUUAUAAUUUUUUGGUGUUUUUCCCCGGAAUAUUACCAAAUUGCCGCAUGGUUGCCGAUAGUGGACGCUAAAGCCAACCCUUAAGCGAUCCAUCAUUUUCCUUCCUCGGCGCAAAAUUUCGAGAAUUUCUCAACAGGACACACACAAGGGUCAGUUAGCCCUUCGUUCGGGCUCUGACCACAGUUCCAAACUUGACGUUGGGCUGAUCAAUUUCAACGGCGAACCACCCUGGUGACACGAGCUUUCGCUGGCUAACCCCCCGCGACACAGGCUGCCUCUUCGCUUUUAUUGAAAUAUUUGAGACCACAAUACACACACUUUCGCAUCGGUUUUUGGAUUUCCACGGAUUACGUUCUACAACUGUUACGAGCCCUAGCAUUCCAAACUAGACAAAACAAAACAAAAAACCAAACAUCAAAAUGAAGUUCUUCUCGCCCGACUGUGAGCGCGUCCAGAUUGUGGACGGACAGGUGAACGUUCCGGCGAUCAUCGACGAGCUGACCGGUACGCUGUCCAACGAGGAACCGUUCUACGUGAUGGACAUCGGUGAUAUCGUUCGCAAGCACCAGAACUGGAUCGAGAAGAUGCCGCGGGUGGUGCCGCACUACGCGGUCAAGUGCAAUGACGCCGAGGUCGUGUGCUCGACGCUGGCCGCGCUUGGGGCCAGUUUUGACUGCGCGUCCAAGGGCGAAAUCUCCAAGAUUCUGGGGCUAGGAGUGGCCCCGGAGCGAAUCAUCUUUGCGAACCCGAUGAAGCCGAGCUCGCACCUGCGGUACGCCAACGCCAACAACGUCAAGACGAUGACCUUCGACAGCGACACCGAGCUGCACAAGAUUAGGAAGCUCUGCCCGGACGCCAAGCUGGUGCUUCGCAUUCGCUGCGAAGCGGAAAAGGCCCAGUGUCCGCUGGGGAAGAAGUUCGGCUGCGAUCCGGUCGAGGAAGCGCCGCGUCUGAUCAAGAUCGUGCGCAGUCUGGACAUGGACCUUGUGGGGAUCAGCUUCCACGUGGGUUCCGGUUGUGCGGACUUUCCGGUCUACUACAAGGCGAUCUCGUACGCCCGGGACCUGUUUGACUACGCAGCGACUUUGGGCUACGAGCUGAAUCUGCUGGAUAUUGGAGGUGGAUUCCCCGGAGACGUUGGCACCUCGAUCGACGAAGUUGCCAUGAUCGUCAACUCCGCGCUGGACAAGUUCUUCCCGGACAAGUCUGUGCGCGUCAUUUCCGAGCCCGGACGGUACUACGUGGCGUCGGCCUUCACGCUGAUCACCUGCGUCCAGUCGAAGCGCGUGUGCCUCAACGCCAAGACCGGUACCAUCGAUCGGAUGAUGUACUACCUGAACGAUGGCGUUUACGCCAGCUUCAACAGUAUCCUGUACGAUCAUCAGCACCCGCAGCCCAAGCUGAUCGGCCAGCAGGGCGGCAAGGUGUACGACAGCACCAUCUGGGGGCCGACGUGUGACGCGCUGGAUCAGCUCAUCGAGACGAUCCGGAUGCCGGAGCUGCAGAUCGACGACUGGGUCGUGUUCGAGAACAUGGGAGCGUACACGAUCCCGGUGGCGAGCCCCUUCAACGGGUUCCCGCUGCCCAAGAUCUACUGCUACAUCAGCAAGGACACGUGGGAAAUGCUCAACAACAUGUACCCACUGGAGGAGGAGAACUUUUGCUUCCCAUCGGGAACCGAAAUCGCAGUUUGCGCAUGAACGUCAACAGCGACGACGUUAACGGCGACGACGAAGACUUCGACCAAGACCCGGCACAACGACGACGGACACGGAAAUGAAACAAAAUCUACAUCCCUUUCAAACGAUUAUCAUUUUAUUCGUUCAAACUCGGCUAAGUUUAGUGCAAAUUGCAACUUUACACGUUGUUUUAGUUCAAUUGAAAAAUUCAGAGUGUUGUAUUUCAAAUAUUCCAAUAAACGAAGAGGCAGCCUGCCCCUGCUCAUAUUGUUAGGAAAUAAAGUAUUAUACAG